AUGGCUGGCGAUCCCUACCCUACACCACCGCCCGCCGCGCGUUUCGUGGGUAUUGAUCUGGGAGUAAGCUGCGUUGUGGCAUCCUCGAGCGUGGAGGAGCGCAACGCCAUUACCAUAUGCACGAAUGAUGUAUCUGGACGAUCGACACCUGCUGCGGUGUCUUACGACGGCAAGCUUCGACAUGUGGGUGUAAAUGCCGAAGGCCGCUUGAUGAGCGCUCCGAAGCAGACGCUGUCACACCUACCGCUGGCGCUGGCGGCCUCGGAUGCGGCACGGAAGCGAGCGGAGAAGUACCAGUGGCUCUUCCCGAUCCAGGAGGACGGGAAAUUGGGGCCCGUUGCCUUUGAUGACAAGGACUUCCCAGUCUCAACUUGCGGACCUCUAAGUGUGCUUCUGCGCACUCUCAACAGUUAUGCUGUCGCCCCUGGAGCCAGUUUGCAGCAGCUUUGCAUUGCCGUCCCAGAUUUCCUCUCCGAGCAAGAGCUAGCAGUGGUGCAGGAUGCUGUGAACCUUGCAGACGUGGCAGCUUCGGCGCAUCUGCUUCGCCACUCCGAUGCUGUGGCCGUGGCCUUUGCUCAUAGCCAAGGUUCCUCCCUGCUUCCCGAGGGUACCGAGGAGCGGGUUGUCGGAUUCGUGGACAUCGGCUCUUCGCAUGGCACUGUGUCGGUGGUCCGCUUUGCACGAAAAGAGGGCGCCCCCGAUGAGGCUUCGUCACCCCUCGCUGCUGGCAUCUCCUGUGAGUUCUUGUAUCGCUGCAGCGAGGAGGAGCUGGGUGUGCAGAGUUUGAUGUCGGCCCUUCUCAAGGAGGCCAUCGCGAGAAUAGAGAAGAAGCACAACUGCAAGGUCAAGCUUGGCACGAAGGCGGGCGUUCGCCUUGCCAACGAGGCCAUCCAUGCCCUGAAGCAACUUAGCAUGCUCCCGGAUGCAGAAAUGGGACUUGAGGCAUUCAUGCCGGAGGGUCCAGAUGGACCCGAAAUCGACAUCUCGGUUCCUUUGACCCGAGCUGCCUUCGAGGCUGCAGCAGCGUCAGUUCUCACUCGGCUGAAGGAGGUCUUGGCCGCAGCAGCAGCCACAAGCUCGCUUGAGGCCGUUGAACUCGUCGGCGGCGGCGGUCGCAUCCCAGCAGUGCAGAAGCUGGUGAAAGAUGCCGUCGGUGAGUCGGUUCCGUUGCGUUUCGGGCUUGAUGGGGCCAGCUGUGUGGCCACGGGCGCAGCGGCUUGGGCAGCUGGCAGGCGGCCAGUGUCAGCGAUGGACGCGCCGAUGGGCGUAGGUGGUCUAGAUGCCGAUGAGCUCGCUCGGGUCCGUGCGCACGAAGCUGAGAUAGAGGCAGUCAACAGCGAGGAGGUGCGACGCCUCGAAAAGAGGAAUACACUGGAAUCCUACGUGUACCAGGUCCGAGAUUGGAUGAACGGAAAGGACGGUUCUCUGCUGAACCCAAGCGAGCUGAACCCGUUCCUGGACAAAGUGGUUCUCUGGUUUGAGGAUGCAGACAUGGCUGAAGAGCCUACCUCCUACCAGACUUACGCGGACAAAUUGCAGGAGGUGGAGACCUUCGUGAAGCAAUCGGGGGCAGCAUACUUUGAGAAGAAGGCGAAGGAGUUCGAGGACCAGGAGAAGGCGAUCGAGGAGGCAGCUGCCGCCGAACGAGAGCGGCGAAAAGAGCUGGGCAUGGAUUUUGACAAGGAUGAAAGGACCAUGAAGAAAGAGGAUCGAAUAAGACUAGCCCAGAAGAACAAGGACGAGGGCAAUGACAUGUUCAAAGCUCAGAAGUUUGACGAUGCCGUCAGAAGAUACAAGAAAGCCAUCGACCACGUCAGUCGACCCGAGGUGGUCAGCAAUUUGACACCUGAUGAGGCGGAGGAAGCCAAGAAGGUGAAGGUGUCUUGCCAUCUCAAUAGCGCGCAGUGUUACAUCAAAGCCGGCGAGGCUGCCGCCCAAUCCGGGGGGAAGAAUGCUGCCGAGCCCUUUUACAAGAAGGCCAUGCGCUCCUUCUGUAGAUGUGUUGAUGUUUCGGCCUCCUUCUGUAGUUUUGGGUUUUGGGGUUGGCACCGAUAG